AUGACGGGUCCUUUCCAUACCUAUGGCCCGUCUUGCCUACUGGCGGAUGAGGAGCCAGAGCUAGUGAGCUUGUACUCGCUCACGGAUCCACCUGAUAUCCGAUCGCACUUUUUCUAUGUUUCAUCCUUGCCAAUUGACGAUCCGUUGGCCCCACUACCUGCUACUACAGGACAAACACCAGAGAAUGAGAAAACCCCUCCACAGCCAUUUUCAGCUAGAGAUAAUAUCGCCUUGGAAUCGGCUUGGAAUGACCUGCGAGAAGCCAAGAAGAGCAAACCCGGUGACAAUGGAUCUCGCUCCGAGACACCAUCAAAAAGGCAGCCCGGGGUAGCUGUACCGGGUCGUGAAUCGCCUCUGGAUAGAGGCCAUUCCAAUCAGACAGGAAGUCAAUGGAACGCAAGUCUAGGAACCAGCAGGGGAGCUCAAAGCAACCCUCCCUCGGUGCCACUUGGCAUUUCGCAGAGCUCUGGUGUCAAUGCCAGCCGGCGGAAAAGAGGCUUUUCUCUUAAUGAGUCACAUUCAGCGAAGCGAAGGAGCCAUUCUCCGCCCGAGGAAGAAUUCGAGGAGCAACAUGUUGCAAGUAGCUUGCAGGGAGCUUCAUCUCGUGAUGCGAGCUUCAGUGGAUCUCCUUUUGCUCGAGCGCCGAUAUUCCAGCUGGAAAGCCCUUUCAGGCAAUCAGUCGAGUCAUUGGUUUCGAAGGAUGAAAACGAAUGGCAAGCUGAGUUGCGUACUGAUGCACCCCAUGCAUCAUCCUCGAAGCCAUCCGGGCUUCGAGCAGCUGUCAGUCUAGAUGAUAUCGAUGUGAAUAAUCCUGCAGAAACGUCUUCCAUUCAAGAAUCGCAAACAAAUAUCCCAGUAGGUGCAUUGCGCCUCCAUUUGGUGGAAUUACCAAACCUAAAAAUGAAGCCUAUCUACUGGAGUCCUUUACAUGACGUGUCAUCGGUGAUUAGAGCCACAUGGUUUUACAAGAAUACAAUGUUCCCAGUCGAGCCCGCCGUCGCGAAUCAACUCGAAGAGGGCUACAUGUUAUUGAAACCAUGGACUGAGACAUGGCAAGACGAGCUAAACAGCUGCGUCGAGAAUGGGGCUGAUGCGGAGGCUAAAAUAGUACAAAAGCUAUGGCCGACGAAUGAGUCCAGACCUGCUAAUCCACCAGGGACUGCUGAAGGUGGCUCGCAGGGGAAUGAAAUUCAAGCGGGUGAAAUCAUCCAGGACCCAAAAUUUGAUGAACAUCGAGCUUUUGGAGGAACUGCCGUUCCCAGCGAGGCCAUAAAGCCAUACCUCCACUCUAGUGCAAUUUAUGUUGACGCCAAAAAUGCUCAGAUCCUCCGUCCUAGCUUACUACCCUCUGCAGCCAGAGGAAGAAAGCCACUCAGUGCGAUCCGCAAAGGCCGACAAAUCGGCAUACCGGUUGUUCGCGGCUUCAACCGGAAGCUCUGGGAUCAACUGCAUCCAGCCAAGCCUAACCCCGUGGAUGUACGCCACUAUAUUCGAACAAGUCAAUCUCAAACCACGGCACCCGCUGGUGAGCAAAUCUGCUAUGCGUGCAAGAUGGAAGACCUGCGUCCAACGCCGACAGACCUUGUUUUUGUCAUACAUGGAAUUGGCCAAAAACUAUCUGAGCGGAUGGAGAGCUUCCACUUCACGCAUGCAAUCAAUGCUUUUCGGCGUCAAGUCCACAUGGAGCUGAACAACGAGCCGGUAUGGCCUCAUGUACGCCAGGGUCAUGGCGGGAUCAUGGUUCUACCCGUGAACUGGCGUACAACAUUAUCUCUCGAUGAUGAUGCUGUAGAACCAGCCGACACGGAUGAUCCAUUCUCAAAUAACUAUUCUCUCGAUGAUAUUACCCCCCAAACACUUCCAGCUGUGCGGUCACUAAUAAGUGAUGUGAUGCUCGAUAUACCUUAUUACCUAUCGCAUCAUAAACCGAAAAUGAUCAAGGCUGUUUGCAGAGAGGCUAACCGCAUCUACCGUCUUUGGUGCAAGAAUAACCCAAAAUUCCAAGAUGAGGGCCGAGUACACCUCCUUGCCCAUUCCCUGGGGAGCGUCAUGGCCCUCGAUAUCCUAAGUCAUCAACCAACUAACGUUCCCCGGUUCAACUUUCCUGAUACCCCUCUACAUAACGAUAUCUUUGAAUUUGAUACCAGCAAUCUCUUUCUCUGUGGAAGUCCUGUCGGGUUUUUCCUACUGCUCAACAAAGCAAAUCUACUCCCUCGGAAGGGCAGAGCAAAGCCAGAUAGCGAAGGCGAAGAUCAACUUCCCGGUGUGGCAGGCGAAGCAGACAAAUACGGUUGUCUCGCAGUUGACAAUUUGUACAAUAUCAUGCACACAACAGAUCCAAUCACAUACCGCGUCAACGCCGCCGUAGACAAAGACCUCUCCGACUCUCUCAAAAUAGCUUCAAUUCCCACCUCAUCCUCUACCUUAUGGCAAUCAUUCGGUAGCGUUUUCCGCUGGAGCUCCCCCUCGGGCUUCAUGUCUUCAUCAACAAUACCUGUCCGCCCAAACACAAUAAACAAACUUCCUUCCAAUGUUGAGAUGGAGACCCACGACUUUACCCGCGAAGAGAUAGCUGAAAAACGCAUGCUUCUGUUGAACGACAAUGGCCAGAUAGACUAUUAUCUAUCUGGUGGUGGGGGCCCUCUUAAUAUUCAGUAUUUGAAUAUGCUCAGUGCACAUAGUAGCUACUGGACAUUGACGGAUUUUGUACGCUUUCUUGUCGUUGAGAUUGCGAGAAAACAAGGAAGAGAUGGGACAUUGACUGGUUUCCGGGCGGAGAAGAAGAAAGGAUACAAGUACAGUAAGGGUUAA